AUGAGAUCCCCGACACGGCCUGGAAGCUGCUGGGCGACGGGGCGUGGCCUCGCCUCCGCGUUGCCGAAGGCGUCCCGGAGGAGCACCUGGAGCGCCUGUGCGAAGCUCCUCUGGACCUCGAAGCGGGUGCAGGCGAGGCGGCAAGCUCCAUGGAGCUGCAGGAGCCCGGUGCCAAGCAGCUGCCGAUGUACCCCACUUUCGUCACCUCCGUGGUGA